CAGAUGCUAAUGUCAUUUUAAACACCUGUCAGUGUCACUGUCAAUCCGUUUGUUUUUCGCUCAGGUUUUGUGGAGUUCUGGGUUUUCAAAAUACAAAAUGCAACCUCAGAUCCUCGUAUUGAAGGAAGGCACAGACCAGUCGCAAGGGAGGCCACAACUCAUCUCUAAUAUCAACGCUUGCCAGCUCGUAGUAGAUGCCGUCCGCACGACCCUGGGCCCUCGGGGCAUGGACAAGCUCAUCGUGGACCACAGCGGCAAAGCGGUCAUAUCCAACGAUGGAGCCACCAUCAUGAAGUUAUUGGACAUCGUUCACCCGGCUGCCAAAACAUUGGUGGAUAUCGCCAAAUCACAAGAUGCUGAGGUCGGCGACGGCACAACCUCAGUGGUCAUACUCGCUGGCGAGCUACUGAAAAGACUGAAGCCUUUCGUUGAAGAAGGCGUUCACCCUCGCGUCAUAUCGCGUGCAGUCAGAUCGGCCGCACAGUUAGCCGUCAACAAGGUUAAGGAGCUAUCCGUCAAGAUUGACAACACAUCGCCGGAGAAGCAGCGGGAACUGCUUCGCAAGUGUGCGGCCACCGCAAUGUCUUCAAAACUGAUUCAUCAACAGAAAGAUCACUUCUCCAAGAUGGUUGUGGAUGCUGUACUAUCUUUAGAUGCUCCCCUCCUACCCUUGGAUAUGAUCGGCAUCAAGAAAGUCUCCGGUGGUGCUUUGGAAGAUUCUUUCCUGGUAGCCGGCGUGGCUUUCAAGAAGACAUUCUCUUACGCCGGCUUCGAGAUGCAACCGAAGAGCUAUGACGACUGCAAGAUCGCCCUGCUCAAUAUAGAACUGGAGUUGAAGGCGGAAAGGGACAAUGCCGAGGUUCGCGUAGACAACGUAACAGAAUAUCAAAAAGUGGUUGACGCCGAAUGGCAGAUUCUAUACGACAAAUUGGCUGCUUUGCAUGCCAGCGGUGCCAGCGUAGUUCUGAGCAAGCUGCCUAUAGGAGACGUGGCCACACAAUACUUCGCCGACCGCGACAUGUUCUGCGCGGGCCGAGUCCCUGAAGAGGACAUGCGUAGGACCCAACGGGCCUGCGGUGGGGCCGUGCUAACUUCAGUGCGGGACCUGCAGCCUGCCUCACUGGGGCACUGCAAGCACUUCACCGAGCGACAGGUGGGCGGCGAGCGGUAUAACCUGUUCACUGGCUGCCCUGCUGCGAAGACCUGCACCCUGAUCUUGCGAGGUGGCGCCGAUCAGUUUCUGGAAGAGACGGAGCGAUCCCUCCACGACGCCAUCAUGAUCGUGCGCAGAACUAUCAAGAACGACGCCGUGGUUGCUGGCGGUGGUGCUAUAGACAUGGAGCUAUCCAAAUACCUUCGCGAGUAUUCCAAAGGUGUCGCGGGUAAGGAGCAACUGCUUCUGGGUGGCAUCGCGCGCGCCUUCGAAGGAAUCCCGCGACAGCUGUGCGACAACGCGGGCUUUGACGCCACCAAUCUACUGAACAAACUAAGACAGCGGCAUUAUCAAGGCGACAUCUGGUACGGCGUGGACAUCCAGAAGGAGGACAUUGCUGAUAAUUUCGAAGCCUGCGUGUGGGAACCAGCCGUUGUGAAGAUAAAUGCCAUCACAGCCGCUUGCGAAGCUGCUGCACAGAUUCUGUCCAUAGACGAGACCAUAAAGAACGUGAAGAGUGGCGGCGAUAUGCCCGCCCCCGGCCGUGGGAUGGGACGCCCACGCAUGGGAUAAAUACUUAUACUGUAUCACAUAUUUCACUAUACUAUAAACUAGUUAUGUGGCUACCCUUACCUGUUUAUAAUAACACUUCCAGACACAUAUAUCGGGUCCACUUAGGCCCGUAUUACAGAAUGACAACUAAAUGUUGAUCUUUACUUGAGUACAUUUAGAAAGGGAUGUCGCUAUAUUGUGUUAUAUAUAGCGACAUCCCUUUCUAACUAUGCUCAAGACUAGAUCAAUCACUGAGAAUCUUUCUAUAAUAUGGGCCUUAGUGUUAUAAGUUGGAACGGUGUAUAGCAAAAAUCUAAUUAAGUUAGGUUGAGCAAAUAAUAAUAUAUGUUUAAAACAACACGAAAAAGAUGGUUUAAAAAGAACUUUUUGCUCAAUGUAACAUUUAUUUUAAGCUGGGGACCGUCAAAACCAUAUAGGACAAAACUUAUAAUGCUAGGAUAUAUAUACAGGGUGUAAAAAAACCUAUAACAAAGUCAAAGUCCACGUAUUUGCCACAACAUGAUAUUUUUUUUCUUCUGGACCAUACCUGCGGACCAUUCGCCUAACCGAAAAGCUUUGGAAAACACUAACGCUUUCGAUUUUAUUUUGUUAUUUCUGACCGCCGAAGGUUUUCAAAUACCUCACUCUCAUUUUUUUUAAUAUUAUUAUUACCAAUGCAAAAGAAAAAAAAAAGAGCGCGAGGCAUUUGAAAACCUCAGGCGGCUAGAAAUAAUAAAAUGAAAUCGUAAGCGAUAGCGUUUUCCAAAGCAUUUUCGUUAGGCGAAUGGCCCCCUGGUAAAUUUAUGGUUAUGGAGAUAUUGAAAGUCAAAGUCAAACUUUUUUUUCAAGAUUUAUACAUUAAUAUUUUCUAAACGUUGUUUAGAAACUUUUUUAUCGACGCACUUACACACACGUACACACAUACAUACAGGCACAUGCUUUGCGUAGCGCCACAGUAGCGCGCCGCGCUAUACAUGCGUGUUGGAAAAAAAUGUAUUUUAUUAACUUAAAAAUACUAAUUUUGCCCACCUAUAAUAUUUUGUAAUAUGACUUGUUUGGGUGUACAGAAUGCUUAGUUUAAGUCCUUGUCAUAGGUUUUUGUACACUCUGUAUAUAUCCGGGAAUAUGGAAACGCAACACCUCUUCAAACGAUACUACACUAAAGAAUUCUAAUUAUUAUUUUUUAUUAUUUCUAAUUAUAAAAAAUAAAACAUUUCUGAUACUUCACUAGUAAUGAAUAUUUAUUAUUAAAAUACAGCUCACACUUCAUUAUACUAGCUAUGUAGCUACACUUACUUGUUUCUAAAUUUAUAUGCGAACACAACCUUUCCCUAGACGAUACUAAACUAAAGAAUUCUAAUUACAAUUAAUAAUGACGGUAUUGGUAACUUGAUGUGUAACUGUCUGUAGAAUUACAGAAUAUAAAUUGUAUAAAUUAUACUCGUCAAUAACGAUUAACAAAAUGUUUGUAAAUUUACAAACCAAUAAAUUAUUGUUAACAACAGUAAAUUAACUAAAAAUGUCUGGUUACAUUAGAAUAACAUUUCGUAUGCUUAUAUUCCCUUGCAAAGAAGCUUUUGUUUUGUAAUAAAAAAUAAUGAUUGCAUUUAAUAUGUAUUUUAUCUUUUAAUCCAAAGAAUAAGAGCGAUUAUUUUGAUUUUAAGACGUUUUGUUUUUUCGUAGUGAUAUUAUUGAAAUCUGUGAUCGUUGAACUCAUGUCACAAACAAGCAUAAACGUCAUUUCAUAAUUAUCAUACGAUGACCGAUGAUAUCUUAUUUGACACUUGAGAGCGCUAGUCACUAGGCAUGCUGGAAAGUGACUGCAAUAUGUGACAAACAGCCCUGUCAUCAGUGGCCCACAGACACUGCAAUCUGUGGCCGACAGACCCUUCAAUCAGUGGUCGACAGACCCUGCAAUCUGUGGCCGACAGACCCUGCAAUCUGUGGCCGACAGACCCUGCAAUCUAUGGUCGACAGAUCCUGCAAUCUGUGGCAAACAGACCCUGCAAUCUGUGGUCGACAGACCCUGCAAUCUGUGGCAGCAGACCCUGCAAUCUGUGGCCGACAGACCCUGCAAUCUGAGGCAGCAGACCCUGCAAUCUGAGGCAGCAGACCCUGCAAUCUGAGGCAGCAGACCCUGCAAUCUGUGGCAGCAGACCCUGCAAUCUGAGGCAGCAGACCCUGCAAUCUGAGGCAGCAGACCCUGCAAUCUGAGGCAGCAGACCCUGCAAUCUGAGGCAGCAGACCCUGCAAUCUGUGGCCGACAGACCCUGCAAUCUGUGGCAGCAGACCCUGCAAUCUGAGGCAGCAGACCCUGCAAUCUGUGGCCGACAGACCCUGCAAUCUGUGGCCGACAGACCCUGCAAUCUGUGGCCGACAGACCCUGCAAUCUGUGGCCGACAGACCCUGCAAUCUGUGGCAGCAGACCCUGCAAUCUGAGGCAGCAGACCCUGCAAUCUGUGGCCGACAGACCCUGCAAUCUGUGGCAGCAGACCCUGCAAUCUGAGGCAGCAGACCCUGCAAUCUGUGGCCGACAGACCCUGCAAUCUGUGGCCGACAGACCCUGCAAUCUGAGGCAGCAGACCCUGCAAUCUGAGGCAGCAGACCCUGCAAUCUGAGGCAGCAGACCCUGCAAUCUGAGGCAGCAGACCCUGCAAUCUGAUGCAGCAGACCCUGCAAUCUGUGGCCGACAGACCCUGCAAUCUGUGGCCGACAGACCCUGCAAUCUGUGGCCGACAGAUCCUGCAAUCUGUGGCCGACAGAUCCUGCAAUCUGUGGCCGACAGACCCUGCAAUCUGUGGCAGCAGACCCUGCAAUCUGAGGCAGCAGACCCUGCAAUCUGUGGCCGACAGACCCUGCAAUCUGAGUCAGCAGACCCUGCAAUUUGUGGCCGACAGACCCUGCACUCUGUGGCCGACAGACCCUGCAAUCUGUGGCCGACAGACAGACAGAAGGAAAUGUCUCAGCGUGACCAAGGUCAUUGGAAAAGAACUGAAUAUUUAAAAAAAUUGUUUAAUCUUUGUGAUUUGCUCAUAGAAAGUCGAAACUCAUGAUUAUUUUGGUCGGUACUGUGUUUUGUAUCUGGGUAAGGGACGCUACUUGCCUUAACGCUUCACAAAUGCUAGCGAUGUAAGUUACUAUAGGUAUUAUUAAUUAUUAUUAUUGAUGGUAUGAUAUAAUAAAAUAUUUUAACACUGCUAAAUUUGGUCUUUUCUUUUUUUUAUAAACCCAAACCUCAAAUUGUAGGGUGCCCCAUACCUCAAAAGGUUUGUCUGUUGUGUGUCAAGACCAUUUAUCUCGUGCUC